CACUCUUCCCUCGAUUCCUGUCCCUGCUGCUGAAUCGAUGUUCUCUGUGAUCACUACUAGCAGCUGUUUGCGGAAGUGGCUACUUGACUUGUUGUCUGUGUCAGUGAGUAAGCUUAUCGAUGCACCUGCAAACCAGAGGUUGACACUAGCUAUAUUCAAAGUAAAGCAGCUGUAAAGUAUAUAAAAAAAGUCUUUUUGACUUAGAAAGUCCGAGAAGAGGGUUACACGCAGGAAGGACAAAGCAACGUAAACAGGAUGCAAACGGAAUCCAUGGCGGCCCCGGAGCAGCCACAGGGGGUCGCCGCCGCCGCAGUGACAGGUGAACGGGUGGAUCUGGCUGAACUGGCCCAUGGGGAUGCGGUCCCUGAGCUGCCAGAACUCCACAGCCCCAAACCACAGACCUUUGAUCUCUUCAACAUGGUCAUCUCCUUCAAGAGGAUGGAGAUUUUCCUGGAGCCCCUCACUGACAUCUGGGAGCUGGUCAAGUACAUACUGAGAUGGAGAAUGCCUGUCUGUUCGCUGCUCUGCUGUCUCAUGUCGAACAUCAUCUUUCUAACGCUGAGUGAAGCGGCCUGGUUCUCCAUGCUCCUCCUGUGUAUAUUAGCCCCGGCUGCGCUGGGGUACAUGCAGGACUGCUCCCAAGAGAGCCCUUCAGAGCUGGUCCUGCAGAGGAAACGGCACCACGCUGUCCUGCGCCAGGACCUCCAGACCGUGCAUCUGAACAGAGAGGAGGCACUGCUGGAGGUCAAGGGGCUGUUGAUGCAGUUGGAUGAGAUUCUGUCCCAAGCCUGUCUGUCUGCAGAGUCUGUGUACCGAGUGCUGUAUUGGGAGAACCACAACACCUCCUUCCUGUUCUAUGGGGGGCUCCUGACUGCACUCUGCCUGGUGUAUAUGAUCCCUUUCUGCUGGAUCCUGGCAGUGGUUAACAGUGCCCUCUUUCUGUGGAACAGAGAAUUUGUGCGAGUUAUACUGGAGUACAGGGAGUCCUUUCACCAGAGACGACUCAAACCCAAGAAUGGAGAUGGUGAAAACAUGGAACCGGAGCUUGCAUCUUUUAUGGACCGGACUCCAACACCUACCAGUGUGGAGGAUCUGUCCCCAGGGAGUGUUGAUGAGGCAGAAGAGGCAGAGCCUGAUGACGAGUUUAAAGAUGCUAUUGAGGAGCAACAGCAGCUGAUUUUGCCGGAGCAACAGCUGAUAUUACCGGAGGAUGAGGAAGUCCCACCAUGCACUGCUGAUUGUGAUCUUGGGGUUAUUGACAAUGGCCUGCUAAGCAGAAACGAGCCAAUCAGGAGCAAAGUGUCCAAACUGACUGAGAAACUGCGGAAGCGCUAUCCUACAAACAACUAUGACAGAGGCCACUGUUGUACAGCAAUUAACACUGCUUCAGGCUUUGCUACAAAAGGUGUUUAUGCAGCUGUAGUAUCUUCUCCUGGAGCAGCUCAUUGAGGUAAUUGUGUUAUUAGGUGUGCUUAUACACAACAGAUGUUACCUUAUACAGGGAAGGAACACCAGUAAUCAACAUACACCCCACAUAAUCAGGUCUCGGGUAGCAUAAUGCUGGAGUUUAUUAGUAUUUAGUUUGUAGAUGAUUUAAUGUUGUUAGGUUAUACAUUCCAAAUUGUCCUAGAGGAAACAACGGAAAUUAGUCUUUGUAACUGAUACGUUUGUAGUUUGUUUGACAAAUGCAUGCAUCUAGAAUUGUAUGAUGUCAGAGAAUCAAAAAGCACAGGUGCAAGGGGGUAAGGUUAAGCAAAGACAUGCAAUUUAAUAGUUUACACAAUACAAUGGGGUGUAAUGAUCAAAAAGCAGUACAGCUGUACAGUUGUCCUGUAAAGUAGAGAUUCAUUUUUCAAUAGCUGGUAAAUUAGCUGUGCUUUGGGCAAAAUGUGAUAAGAGUUUGAAAUGCAUUUCUUGACACUAAAAUUGUUAAAUCAUUAAGCCAUGAAUAGAAUCCAAGCAGUAAGAAAUCCAACUGAAAGCCUCUCCAUUAAAAAGAAAAUUCCAAUAACUUAUUCACAAUUUUCAAAAGUUGAGCUGAGGUUCUAAGAUUUGGUCCGUUUCUCAACACCUUCCUUCCUGUCUAACAAAGUGAUGUCAAAGUGUAAUAAUCGCUGGGAGACUCAAAAAAAGGAUUACAAUUCCUCUUAAUAAACCUUCCUCCGUCUCUCUCACGCUUACUUACCUGAGGUGAAGGGAAGGGAGGUUGAGAGGGUAAAACAUGACAAACGUACAUACAGGAACUAAGAGAGAAAAUAAGAUUAACAAGAUAAACAGCAAAUUCACAAACCCUUCCCCAAAUACCCCAAUACCCCAAUACCCCAUGUACUACACCCUGCUGGGUAGCGCAGCUAUGCAGUCUUGGUGAUUAGCAGACAGCCUUACUGGGUCUCAGCUGGCUCUUAACAGCAGUUCUUACACUGUGCUGUUUCCUUGGUCCUGGUUCACAUUUAGAGGCUGGGCUUCUCUCCACCAGCAAUGAUUAACAUGGCUAUCAGCGGGUGCUGUAGUGACAAACCUGUAACUUGUUUUCCAUAAUCACUCCGGAUAGCGGUCUUAUCCACACAAAAGGCCAGAAGCUUAACACUGGAGCCCCAGGGAGAUAAGGGCACACUCUAUCACUGGGGAUUAGGAGUGCUGACAGGCAGGGGGGGCAGGGGCAUUCAGUGUGGUAUGGCACAUUACCACAUGCUUACUCCAACAUACAUACACACACAGUGUUGCUGGACAGGAGCUGGGAAGAAGGAUAAAGAUGAGGGACUGGAAGACAGGAAGCCAGGUGGUUAGUGCUACGGAACUAAGAAUUGUGGCUUAGUGAUUAAGUCUUAAGGGUUGGAGAAGUGUGGCAUAGUGGUUAGAGCUGAGGGACUGGGAGGCAGUAUGGGCCAGUGAUUACAACUGAGGAACUGCAAGGUAGUGUGACUGACUCCAAAUCCCAUGUUCAUUUCAUGCCAUUCUUUGUGCCUCAUACAUGGUUGUCAAAAAAUCAGACAUACAGUUACCGUACACAUGGGAGGUUUGAUUGGAUCUCUUAGACAGAUAGGUUAUAGAAGUGAAAAUAUAAAUACUGUAAAUGGAAAGAAAUGUAAAUGUUUUUUUUAUUUAUUAUUAGUUUCCCUGAGAUGAAUACAUGUAAUCUGUCUAGAUAACUGGCUAUGCAUACUUUGUUGUUUAAGGGGGUUACCUAUCACACAGUGGCCUGUAUUAAAACAACAUCCUCCAGAUAAAUGAGUUCACAGUCCUCUCUUUAAGACUGGAUAAUAAAUUGAUUAGGCCUAAUCAAGCCCAUUUGUAACUGCCAUGAUACACCUCAGACCCUCCCAACCUAGUAGGACAUUAAUCCUUGACCCCCCCCCCCUCCCCCCUCUUCAAACACCAUCAGGAAGAAUAGUGACAACUUACAUCUUUCUGUUUGUCCAUCUGUAUGACAGCCUAAUCCAAUUCCAAUUGUGUUUCUAUGAGACAGUUUUGGUAUUAAAAGCAGAUAUAAAAAUAUUGGCAGUUGCAAAACAUCUCAGAUCCUUAACCCUUGGGACCCCCAAUGAAAAAGCUGUUUGUUAUUUUCAUUUUCAGAUUGACUUAUUUCUAACAUAAUUGAUCUAUCUGAACUUCAUGACCUAAUGAUAAAAAUGUGUUGUACUCCAAUAAUAACCAUGAAAUCGAAUAUAAAAGCUUCUCUGUGCACUGCUGUUUCCCAGCCUUCGUUGCACAUUCUUCUUUUGAAAAAAAGAAAAUGUAGAAAAACGAACAGUAAAAGCCUCAAUAAGUACUGAUUGAACUGCUUUGACUUUGUAUUAUUAUAACUGUUCUUACAAAAAAUUUACACACGUAUCCAGGUUAUUUUACAACCAUGUGUGUCUCUCUGAGCUAACUGCCUGCAUUGGCCCACGGGAACAGAAGAAUUUAUCCUAAUCCCAGAUAAACAUAAUUGCCAGUGCAGUUAAACCAGUAGAAAUAAAAUACGUUGUUUUAAAGUGCUGACCAAAAGUCUGGCUGACUCAAUCGAAGCUGAGAUCAGAGCUCAAAUAUAGCCUGUAUGCAAGUAUAAACUAGCAUUGAUGUCUUGUACCUCUACAAAUGACAGAAAUGGCAGCUACAUCAAGCAUUCCUUUCUUGUUACUGCUAUUUUGAAGGGCUGAAACAUUUUCAUAGAUGAAGCUUCUUAGAACAGACGCUCACGCUGAAACUUAUUGAACCAAACCUACGUUCAGUUUAACUGUGUGUAAUUACUAACAACAUACAACUGAUCUCUGGAGAGAGGUAGGCAUAUCACAGGGGCCUGGGUGGAAAAGGAUGAGGAGGGAGGUUUUAGGGGAAGGUAGACCUCAAUGUUGGAGAAUCUACGGGCAGAUAGAUUCCAUCUCAUGGGGGAGAUAUAGUAGGAGAAUAUAGAAUUUUUAGAGCGCUGAUAUCCAAGGUAUUGGAUGACAUUGGCAUGUAAUAUAUUUAAGACAUACAACAUUCCCUGUGCCUAUGAGCGUUUGUUAGGUUAACUUUAUAAUUAGAAAUCUCAAUACAUGUGCUCCAAUUCUGUGACAGGAAGUUAGCUAUACAGAAAGCCAGCGUAUUCUUUUUUGGUGAGUCCUACCCGUUAGCGUCUGUCUGUGUGGUAAACCAUUCCUGAUAAAGGAGUCUUGGAGGGGCUAGCUCUGACAUACUCGGUCCCUGACUCCCCAUUUAAAGAAUGUGUUUGGAUUCCUAGCAAAAAGUGUAAACUUGAAAGAGUUGUCUGUCUGAGAUAGCACUCCAUACGUCACUCUUCUACAGUUGGGUCAGUCCCAUACCCAAUGCUAAUGCUAAAGUGAAAGGAUUCAUGAAACUGCCUUGGCCUUCGACACUAAUUUUUAUUUUUUUUUUUAACUCUCUUGCAAAGUCACACUGCAUCUUGAUAUUUAGCACUAAAUAUCUGCUCUCCAGCACUGCCACCUGGAACUCCAUUAUCUGCCCUUCUUUACUGCUGCACUCAUAAUGCGCAAUUGAAAGUUCUAUUCUGAUGCCUCUGAAAGCAGGUUUCUGUGUGUCUGUUUCCCACCCUCUUGAAUGUGUUGCCUUCUAACUGAACCAAUCCAUACCAUGUAAUUAGUAGCAAACAAUAGUUCCAGUAAGCCUAAUUUACAGGUCCUGCCAUUCACUGUGCUCUCAGGAGCUUUACAAUUUCCGCAGGAACUUCCAUUUCAAAUAAGGAAAUACCAAGCUAUACAUUAUCAAACACUUAACUGACAGGUAUGUAUGACAGAAACAUACAAAACCUAAUUUGUCACUGUGUUUGGCGUGCGUGAGGUUAUUAAACACCCUGUUUAAUGAAAGAAGAGAUUGUAAUGAAAUAACUAAACUGUUCUAACCAGUGUGAGAGCUUGAGUUAGUUAGUAGGUCAUUAUCUUGCAUGGGACCCUGACACCUUUGAUGUCCCUCAUCAAGUUUUGAUUUUGGUUUCUAUGUGGUGAAAUGCAAAGCUCAAUGGAGAGGGAGGACGCAGGACAGAUGAGUGUGUGUGUGUGUGUGUGUGUGUGUGUGUGUUGAAAGCAGUGCCUGCUUCAUGGCUGUGUAAUGAGAGAGGCAUGCUGCCUCAAAACAAACAGACACUGUGCUGCCCACAUUAGAGGCAGACAGCAGACACUUCCAGUGUAAAAAAUUCUGUUCAGUAGGGUGUGGCUUUCUGGGGAUUAGAGAUUGGUGUGUAAAAACUACAGAUCCCAAACCCCAUUGUGGUGUCCAGAAGUUGUGAGUGACUCACCCACAGGGGUCAGAAGCCGCCCUGAGCUACGUGGAAGUAUGUCAUCAUUGCAUUCCUCAUUGAUACUUCCCCUGUGAUGUGGUUACACUGCUGACAUUCUCUACCAGUGACUCCCAUGGGCUGAGAGUAGACCCUUUACUGGAACUCAACGGAAGUGGUUAGAACACUUACCUUUCAUCUCUGGGACCCGGGCUCCAUUCCAGCCUGGGCCAUCUAUGUAGGGAAAUGUAAAUAUUAUUAUUAUUAUUAUUUGUUUAUUUAUUAUUUGUUGAUUUAGCAGACGCCUUUAUCCAAGGUGCCUUACAGAGACUAGGGUGUGUGAACUAUGCAUCAACUGCAGAGUCACCUACAAUUACGUCUCACCCGAAAGACGGAGCACAAGGAGGUUAAGUGACUUGCUCAGGGUCACACAAUGAGUCAGUGGCUGAGGUGGGAUUUGACCCAAGGGACCUCCUGGUUACAAGGUCGUUUCUUUAACCACUGGACCACACUGCCUCCUUAUCCUUAUUAUCAAAAGCACCAUUACAGUUGAUGCUGUUGCCGAUGAGAUAUCAAAUCUGCGACAUGCCAACACUGGAAAUGGGAUUUCUCAUCUAUAUAAAUAUUAUAUUCUGUAAAUAAACAGAGUGGCGGCACUGCACUAUGUAUUUAUAGACCUCCAAACAGCAGUAUUAAACCAGCUCUCAGGUCAGAUGAAUAGGUGUACAGUACUGGUGCUGAGAUCCCUUCACUGACUCACUUUUCCUCACUCGCUUC